AUGGGGAAAACCAUUGUAGUCUUUGUGUUAGUAGCUUUAAUCUCUUGCUUUUACUCAGAAUUUGGCACUGCUACAGACACUUUGACAGCAUCAAAAUCCAUCAAAGACCCUGAAGUUAUAAUCUCCAAGAGUGAAGUUUUCAGGCUGGGAUUCUUCAGCUUUGCUAAUUCAAGCAAUCGUUAUGUAGGGAUAUUGUACAAUCAAAUCCCGGUACAAACUGUUGUAUGGGUAGCAAACAAAAACAAGCCCCUAAAAGAUUUUUCUGGGAUUCUCGGGAUAUCAGACGAUGGAAAUCUCGUUGUUUUGAAUGGAAAAUCAGAGAUUAUUUGGUCAUCAAAUGUUACCGGUUUAGUCCCUAAUACAACUGCCCAGCUUUUAGAUAGUGGAAACCUUGUCCUCAACAAUGGCGAUGACAAUGGAGCAAGCUUGUGGGAGAGUUUUCAACACCCUUCAAAUGUCUUCAUUGAAACCAUGAAGAUCAGCACCGAUGUAAAAAAGGGUAAGAAAGUGCAGAUGAGAUCAUGGAAAGGCCCUGACGAUCCAUCUGAUGGUAACUUUUCUCUUGGUCUUGAACCUUUCAAUAUUCCAGAGAGCGUCGUUUGGAACAACAACCAGCUCUACUUUAGGACCGGCCCAUGGAAUGGUCAUAUCUUUAUUGGCUUAAUACGUAUGGAUAGUGUUUAUCUCGAUGGGUUUUAUAUUGUUGCAGAUGGUGAAGAGCAAACGUAUUAUUACACUUUUGAUUUAGCUAAUGAUUCUAUGGUGAAGUACUAUGAACUCGACCCAGAAGGGAGAUUAAUCGAACGCUAUUGGGAUGAUGGCAACGGGGAGUGGGUAAACGGAUACCCUAUUCUUUUUAACGACUGUGAUAUUUAUGGGAAAUGCGGUGCGUUUGGGGUCUGUGACUCAACGAAACAACCCAUUUGCAACUGUUUGAAGGGGUUUGAGCCUAAGAAUGUUGAGGAAUGGCGUCGAGGGAAUUGGAGUAGUGGGUGCGUUAGGACUACCCAUUUGCAGUGCCAUAGAGACGAUAACAAUGGCGGUGAAGCGGGACAAAAUGAUGGGUUUUUGAAGAUGGAAAUGAUGAAAGUGCCGGCAUUUCCCAACCGGUCAUCGAUAGUCUACGGCGGGUGCGAAGAUCGGUGCAUGAAGGACUGUUCGUGUGUGGCUUAUGCGUAUGAUGAUGGCAUCGGUUGCAUGUAUUGGAGUGGAGAUUUGAUUGAUGUGCAGAAAUUUCCAUUUCGGGGAGUGGAUCUUUACAUUCGUCUACCAUUGUCGGAGCUUGGUAAAGAUAAAGGCAAAAGUAGGGUCAUUGUUCUUACAACACCAAUUGUGGGCAUAAUCAUCAUUGCAAUUUCUGCACUCUUCUUAUGGUGUUGGAUGGCUAAAAACGGAAGGAGACAAAAGCGAAAACAUCAAUUCAACAAAGAAAAUGCAAUCGAAGUUAAGCUCCAGCAGGAGUUACCACUAUUCAAAUUCGAAGAACUCGCCGCCGCAACCGACAACUUCCACCACAAGAAGAAGCUGGGCCAGGGCGGUUUCGGUCCAGUUUACAGGGGAACAGUGGAGGAUGGAAGGGAAAUAGCGGUGAAGAGAUUGUCGAAAUCUUCGGGGCAAGGGUUGGAAGAGUUCAUGAACGAAGUGGUGGUGAUUUCUAAGCUCCAACAUCGGAAUCUGGUUAGAUUGCUUGGGUGCUGUGUUGAAGGAGAAGAGAAGAUGCUCGUGUACGAAUUCAUGCCCAACACAAGUUUGGAUGCUCUUCUCUUUGAUGCAGUUAAACAAAAAGUCUUGGAUUGGGGAAAACGGUUCAGCAUAAUUGAAGGAAUCAGUCGAGGGCUGCUUUAUCUUCACAGAGAUUCGAGACUGAGGAUUAUACACAGAGAUCUAAAAGCAAGUAAUGUUUUACUUGACCAAGACCUAAUUCCUAAGAUUUCAGAUUUUGGGAUGGCCAGGAUUUUCGGAGGCAAUCAGAAUCAAGCUAACACCAGAAGGGUUGUUGGAACUUAUGGUUAUAUGUCUCCUGAGUAUGCAAUGCAAGGGCAAUUUUCGGAGAAAUCAGAUGUAUUCAGCUUUGGGGUUCUAUUACUAGAGAUUGUUAGUGGAAAAAAGAACACAAGCUUUUACAACAACGAGCGUCAUCUUAGCCUCUUGGGAUAUGCAUGGAAAUUGUGGAGGGAAAACAACAUUUGGGGUUUAGUAGACAAGGUGGUUUCGGGUUCAGAGUCGGGUUUAGAGUACGAGAAAGAAAUAAGGAGAUGCAUACAUGUUGGAUUGCUAUGCGUUCAAGAAUUUGCUAAAGAUAGACCCAAUAUGUCAACUGUUGUUUUAAUGCUUAACAGUGAGAUUUUAGAUCUCAACAUUCCAAAACAACCUGCAUUCACUCAAACACCAACACCAACAACUAGCCAAGAUGUUGAAGAUAGGUUUUCACUUAAUAACGUUACUCUUACGGAGUUUAAUGGCCGUUAA